AGGAUCUCUUUCUCCCAGAGUUAUCUAUCCCGGAUAAAUGGUUUAUUUCUGUGUUUAUAAUAAUGAGAGAAGAUGAUGAUGAGAUCUAUCACAGCUCUUCUGCUGUUCAGCUUUCUCCUGAUCGUGACUGGAGGUAAACACUCUCUGUUAUAUCUCUACACCAUGCAGUCUAAAACCUCUAAUAUCUACGACUGCACUGCUGUAACUCUGCUGAACGACAGACAGAUAGAUUUCUACAACAGCAGCUCAGAUAAACCCAGAACUGCUAAACAGAACUGGCUGAACAACAUUCCAGAAUCUGACUGGAACACCAGCACUGAGAAACUGCAGUACGACAGACAACUGUUAAAUAGACUCAUCGACAUUCAGAUGGAUGAGUCUGGACACUCUCAGUCAGGUGUUCAUGUUCUUCAGUGGAGGCACGGCUGUGAGGGUGAACAGAGUUCUGAUGGAUCUCUGACUGUAUUAAACAGUAUUAAUGAAUUCGGUUAUGAUGGAGAAGAUCUGAUUCAGUUUAACUGCACCUCUAAAACCUGGAUAACCCCGGAGGAGGAGAAGAACAGAGAGAGGGAGGAGGAGAAGAACAGAGAGAGGGAGGAGGAGAAGAACAGAGAGAGGGAGGAGGAGAAGAACAGAGAGAGGGAGGAGGAGAAGAACAGAGAGAGGGAGGAGAAGUGGAGUAGAAUAUUUAAUGCUGUUAGGAAAUGUGAUCAGUGUUUGGAGAUACUGAAGAUGUAUUUAAAGUACAAAACUACUGACAUCACACAGAGUCACAGUGAGUAUCUGGAUGCUUUUUAUUAUUAUAGUUUUAUCACCAUUACUCUACUGUUCAAAGAGGAAUCUGAUUUAGAUUCCUUCUUCUUCUUCUUCUUACUAUUAUUAUUACUAAAAUAAGAUGAGAUAAAAUAAAAUAAUCCUUUAUUAAUUCUACAGUGGGGAAAAUUGCAAAGUUGCUGCAUCAUAGAGGA